AUGAGGGGAGAGAUGCCGAUGGAUGUGGAACACGAGCUCGGAUGGAGAUGCUCGGGGAAGCAGAGGCAGGUAAGGUGCACUCAUUUGUCUCCGCUUAAGAAGCGCAAGAUGGAGCCAUCCCAUGAGGAGGAGGGCCACACACAGAUGGUCAAGUAUCCAAGCGAUGCUCUGGGGCUUGCCACGAAAAAAGCAAGGCGGCCUUCUGUUGUAAACAUCGCAAGAGUGCCUGUGGUGCUGAUAGGAUAUCUCCACCUGCUGCUGAACUCUGUCGUAAUCGGAUUUAUAUGCUAUGUUGUUGUGUAUGUACUAGUGGGGCUGCAAAGAGACAUAGGAUACAAGAUGAUCAGCCGGAGGGCACAGAUACAGCACCAGAUAGAGGAAGCAAAGACCUCCUAUAGAAUCAACAAAUGCGACCCUGCCACAAGAGUGCCUGCAAUAGAGGAGCUGUGCAGCAAGUGGGAGUGUGUGAUCAAGAAUGGGUAUAGGUCUGUGGGAUACACUCGAAUCAUUGCAGAAGUUUUUGGAGAUGUCAUGGAUGGAUUUGUUAGGAAGUUUUCUGUAAGAAGCUCGCUGACGAUCGGAUUCUUCUUUGUUCUAUUUCUCGUGUUCAGGAGAGCAGCAAAGGCUUAG